AUUGUCAUUUGCAAGCAUCUUCAUUACACCAUGAUCAUGAGCAAAAAAAUAUGCACCCUGUGUGUCUUUGGGUCCUGGCUAGGAGGAUUUCUUACCAUUUUCCUAUCACUCAUGUUCAUCCUCCAGCUAGGUUUCUGUGCUUCCAAUGUAAUUGAUCAUUUCUCUUGUGACUAUUUGCCCAUUUUACAACUCUCAUGCUCAGAGAGUUGAUGGCUUUUAGAGAUGAUUUUUUAUUCUGCUUUUGUCACUCUGCUCUUUACUUUAGCAUUAGUGAUUCUCUCCUACCUGUACAUCCUUAGUAUCCUGAGAAUCCCACCUGCUAGUCGGAAGAAAAGGGUUAUCUCCAAUUACUCCUCUCACUUGAUCAUCAUUUCCAUCUCUUAUGGGAGUUGUAUAUUCAUACAUGUCAAGCCUUCAGCAAAAGAAAGAGCAUCACUGACCAAAGGAGCAGCUAUUCUCAACACCUCAAUUGCCCCCAUGUUGAACCCUUUUAUUUAUACCCUGAGGAACCAGCAAGUAAAACAAGCUUUCAAAAACUUGCUGUAUAAAGUACUGUUUUCUAGAAACUAA